CAACAAAUAAAAGUUAGAGAGAGAAACUCACUCUUUCAAGGAUAAAUUUAUUUUUUCUUGGUCUUGGUGUUAUUAUGGUAUUGUUUGGUUUUGCACACUUACCUUCUCUCUCUCUUUCUGUCUUUCCGAUGAAAUCUCAGCUUCGACGAUCACUGCCGGCUUCCCUUCUUCUCUUCUAGUUUACUCUACUUCUUUGUUUCUCAGAUCAAAUCUUGUUCACAGGGGAGAAAAAUCUUUUCUUGCACCCAUGAGGAUUAGAAAAAGACAGGUACCGUUUCCUUUAUCUUCUCUUUCUCCUCUACCUCUCUCAGAUCCCCACUUCAGCCGCUCUCCGGUGGUGCAACUUCAACUUAACACAAACCCACUUCAGAAUCUCCCUCAACAAGAUCAAAAACCUGCCUUUUUCGAUCCUCAGUCCGUUCAUCAACCAAAUCAACCGAUCGGAGGUGGUAGCAACCCCCAGGCUUGCUCUGAUGGCUCAGCAACUCAGGAGGUCAAAGAUUUUCAGUUUUUCUUGCAGAAAGAUAAGAGAGGAGGAGGAGGAGGAGGUGGAGUUGGAAGGAGUGAUAAUACCAGAAGGGGAGAUUUCUUGGGUGCUGAAUCUGAAACUGUGGUUCAUCAACUAUCAAAUCCGUCUCAUCAAGAAGUUGGGAGGUGGUGUGAAGGAGAGAAAGCAUUUCCAUUGAAGAAGAGGAGAGGAAACUUUGAAAGAUCAAAAGAAGAAGAAACAACAGUAAUGAAAGACAAGAAAAUGAAGACGAAAAUGAACAAGAAAUGCCUGCAACGAAAUGCAAAUACAGAAGCAGCAGAUAAAGAAGACAAGGAAACCAAAGAGGGAAUCAAUGGUAAAAAGAGAAUUAGAGGUGGUGCACUAAUGGAGGGAUCGAGGUGCAGUCGUGUGAAUGGAAGAGGAUGGAGAUGUUGCCAACAAACACUUGUGGGCUACUCUCUUUGUGAACAUCAUCUUGGAAAAGGAAGGCUAAGAAGCAUGACCAGCGUCCGCAGCCGAGCCAUGGCGAGCUCUUCAUCAACUUCAAAGAAAGCCAUAUCAUCCCAGCCAUUACCAAGCACCUCAUUAUCAUCAGAAGAUAAGGAACAAAAACAUCCAUUGGCAGACAAUAAACUUGAUGACGAAGGUGAUGACAAAAAGAAGCCAUUGAUGAUCUCAAAGAAGAAGAUGAAGCUAGGCAUAGUGAAAGCUCGAUCAAUAAGCAGCUUGUUAGGGGAAGCAAACCAUGCAAAUAUUGCAGUAGCAGAGAAACGUUUGAACACAGAAUCUGAAUCAUUUCAUGUUGUAGUUUGAAAGAAAGUGAAGAUUUGAGUUGGGAUUCUUUAUGGAGAACAAAUUAAUGGAUGCUCGUUAAAGUGUUAUAUAUAUAUAUAUAUAUAUAUAUAUAUAUAUAUAUAUAUAUAUAUAUAUAUAUAUAUAUAUAUAUAAUUAUCUUAUUGUUUUAGUGUUUUGUCUAGUGCCCACUUCAUGGUCGAUGUGGAUUUAAAUUAAAAUAUUAAUUAAAUAAGCUGUUGGAAAUUUAAUUAUUUUGGGUUUAA